CGGAAGGGGCGGAGGGAAAGGCACCGGGGGCCGGAGGGGCAACGGAUGGCCCUUAGUGUGCGUGCGUAGCAGCUUCUCGCGCUCGGGGUUCGACUGGCUGGGCUGUCGGGCGGCCGCUGCGCCGCCUUCCGUCCCGUGGGAGCGCCCCUGCUGCCGCGGCGAUUGCUCCUGCCUGGCGGGCCGGGGGGUCGGCUGGCGCCAUGGCGGGCCACGGGGCCUCGCGGCUGGCCUGGUGCCUCCGCCGCGUCGGGGCCGGCGGCGACUGGCUCCUGCUGGAGCCCGGCACGCAGGUGACUAUAGGCCGAGGAUUAGAUCUCACGUACCAGCUGGUGUCAAAAACCUGCCCCCUGAUGAUCUCUCGUAAGCACUGUAUUUUCCAGCAGAAUGCAGAAGGGCAGUGGACUGUCAAGGAUAACAAGAGUCUAAAUGGAGUCUGGCUUAACAAACAGCGCCUGGAUCCCUCAAAAGCCUAUCCUGUCACUGAAGGAGACCGGAUCCAGUUGGGAGUGCCUUUGGAAAACAAAGAGACUGCUGAAUAUGAAUAUGAAGUAAUUAAAGAGGAAUGGGAGAAAAUCAAACCCUUUUUAGCCCAAAGGAGUGACCUAGGGAAAGCUAAGAGUUCAAGAACUAAACGUAAAUUUACUUUGGAGGAAUUGGACACAUCUGAAUCAGAAGGCCCUUCAAACUCCAGAUCCAAAAGAGACAGAGUGUCCUGUGACAGUGAACCCUUGGGUAGAUCACGGGGAAGGGCAGAAGAGGCCAAACAGCUUACAGAGAAGAUGGAUGUCGAGCUGCCUUCUCCUGGACCAAGUGAGGAGGAUAGUGGUGCAGUGCAUAGCAGCCCUGCGCGCUCCGAGAAAGCACUGUCUGUCCCCCAUAAGGACCAGAAAGCUUCUGGUCUUGCACAGUCAUGGACUGGCUUAGAAAUGGUGAAGAAAACUCUGGUAGAUAUAAUGAAGUUAAAGGUGAAAGUGCAGGAGAAGCAGACAGCAGUUCUGCAUGUGAAGCAGAAGCGCAGGAAGUGUGCUCAGAAGGAGGUCCUGGCAAUGGAGCAGGAGCUGCGGGACUUGCAAAACCAGCUGUGUGUGGAACAAGAGCAUCACCAGCAGCAGGUGGAAGAGCUGGAGAGGACGUUCUCUAAAGAGCAGCAGAAGCUAGAGGGAGUUAAAUGGCAACAUGGAGAAGAGAAUCUGAAGGAGCAGCUGGCCCAGGUCCUGCAGGAGCAUCAUGCUUUGAUGGAAGAACUGAGCCGUAGUAAAAAAGAUUUUGAGGAGAUAAUUCGAGCCAAGAACAGAGAACUGGAAGAAACCAAGGAGGAGAAGGAAAAGGUGAGAGCCCAAAAAGAGGAGGUGUUGAAUCAGAUGAAUGAUGUAUUGGAGAAUGAGUUACAGUGCACGAUCUGUUCUGAGCACUUUAUCGAGGCUGUCACUCUGAACUGCGCACACAGCUUCUGCUCCUACUGCAUCGACCAGUGGACAAAGCGUAAAGCUGAGUGCCCUAUCUGCAGGCAGGAGAUCACGUCAAAGACACGCUCUCUGGUGCUGGAUAACUGCAUUGACAGGAUGGUAGAAAAACUGAAUGUGGAAAUGAAAGAGCAUCGCCUGACCCUUAUCAGAGAGCGGAAAGAGAAACAGAAUGUGUUGGUGAAACCAGCCACAGACAAUGACGGCAGUGUCAUUUCUUCCAUCUACUCCAUCUUGUCAAUGAGCAGCUGUGACAGUGAGGACUCUGAGGAAGAUGUUUAAACAAAAGCAACCACUUUAUCUAAACACUGUUCCUGCAGACUCAUUUGCCUGUGGGCUGCCCAGAGUCAACCUAAUGGCGUUCGGUUGACUGCUGCUUGGAUGACUGGGCAUUUGGAAGGAGAGACUGUGAAGAGGCUGGAGCUGAGAAUUAGCAGCAUUCAGAAGAAAGACCUUAUUUUUUUUAAAACUAAUGUACAGAAGCUUGAUCUCUGAAAGAAAACUGGGACUGCGAGAGAACAAACUGCCAUUAGGCUAGAUGGCUGACAUCCAAAACCUAGGCUUCCAUGAUCGCUUGUGACCUGUUUGGUGUAACAUAACAGUUUGUGUGCAUCGCUGCCCUUUCCUUAGUGAACGACGUGCUUAAAUGUGUACAUCAGCUCCCUUAUUUCAAUCAGCACAGGGAAUGGCCCAGGUUAUUUGAGAACUUGGCCAUCCCCACCAGCAGGCAGGAGAGGUGUGUCAACGUGAGUUUUGCUCUCGAAUUUCAUAUGGCAGCUAGAGUCAUCCCAGGCCUCUGGCAGUAAAGGUAACAAAGGGUGGGUUACAGACCCUGUCAGCCUUAACUGCUUGAAGGCAGUGUAAGAUGAGCUGCUGGACAUCAGCUGCAGUGCUCUGUUGAUAUUACUCAUUUUCUGUUAGAUAGGGAUGAAGAAGAUUAAACCUUCCAGAAUUAUGUAGCUAGUGCUCUUUUUCAUAAAGUGUCUUUGGUUUCUUCCCACUUCAGGCUAUUGCAUAAAGGACUUUAGAAUGGGAAGUAGUCCUUUGUCAGCAGCGGAGACAAACCUUUGCCUCUUCAAAGUGCUGCUACCUGAGUUAGUGAAAUGUCCUGUUGGCAAGGAUGAAAGCUGCAUCUGUAGGCAACCACGAGGCACAGGAGGAAGCAUUAGGUUUAUUGUUUACAAAACACUGCUGUUGAGCCGUGGGUUAUACUACCCUCACAGCAAAUCAGUCAUCCCCAAGAGACUGAGCACGUCUUGCCUCAUCCCAUCAUGAUUUAGCAAUGAAGUUCCAUUUCCAGUGGCGUAUGCUUUUGACUUAGCUGUUACAUGGAAAGAACUAUUUUAUACUGUGAGAAGAGGAUGUGGGAAACCCUUCUCAUAUGUAAUAUUUCUAUGGCUUUCUGUUAUGUACUUUCUACAUUUAUUUUGUUUAAGAAGGAAAAUGCAAAUCCAUUUCCGCAUUACUCUUCCUUGGUGCAAUCACUGAAAUGAAUGUCUUUCUCUUAGUUGUCUUAUACUUUUUGAGAAAACACGGACUAUCUCAUUUUAAUGACUUUGCUUCAUGUUUUGGUUGCUGUAAGCAGUUGUGAUUAUUUUAAAGUUAUUCGAAAGAUUUAUGUACUCAGGAAUUGAUAAAAGACAAUCCAACUCUUCAAGCCUGUAGCUAUCCUAAGGGUGGUUUAGUAGGUACAAUCCAUACCUCUUAUCUUCUUCCAUUAAAAAAAGACCCCAUUAAAGAGGGGUGUGAAUGCUGCUGCUGCCCUAAGGAAGCAGUGUAUUCUGAUUGAUUUGAUUGGUAGGACUUAAAUAGGAGAGGUUGGUCUUACCCGUGAGCCAGGCAGCUUUCUUGAAAAUCUUAGUGCAAGGUUUCUUUUGUGAAGUGGUCAUUGCAUCUUUAGCUUUCCUUUUUGCCUUUUAAUGUUCAUUUUCCGUAUAUGCUUUUAAAGGUUUCUUUGAUGAAUAUAUGCUCUCAAGGAUGUCUGAGAAAAGAGGGUUUCUCAAAGUGCUUGUGAAAUUCCUGGCUGAAGAGGAGGAAAAGUACUCUGGUUACCUAGGACUGCAAAUUCUUCUACUGUGUAUCACUUCCAUGUUAUUGUGCUUUUUUUGCUUGCUUCAUUUUGCUAAAUAUAUUUUUAUCUUGAUUUUUA